CCCCAGGCCUGGCUUCGCGGAGGAGGCGGCGCCUCUCCCGCAAGGCAGAGCCGCCCGAGCGGCGCGCGGUGCGGGGCGGGAGAGGGCAGGCGGGGGGCGCCGCGCUCGGGGGCCCGGGCGGUGACUGACGGCGGCGGCGGCGGUGGUGGCAGCUCCAGGCGAGCGCGGUCCCCGCGUGCGCACACGCACACGCCGCCGCGCAGGGACCGCGGACUCCGGCCGCCCGCGGACACACGGACGCGGAGAGGCGGGCUCGGCGCGCGCUCCUCGGCGCACACGCUCCCCAUCCUCGGGCGGCGCGGGGCGCGGACUCUCCGCUGUGCGCCCUCCCCGCGGAGUGUGCCCCGGGCCGCCCCGCAGCCCCGCGGCGAGGCCCGGUUGUGAGCAGGGUCUGCUUGAUGGAUGCUGGGUUGCUUCCUUUUCUGCUGUGGAUGCUAUUUUAAGUGAUGCUGCAGUGACUGCCGUUGCACGUGCUUUUUUUUGGACAAGUACAAGUAUUUCUCGCCCAUAGACACCGUGGGGCUGGCGAGCGGCUGCUCUGAGCGGGAGGCAAGCAUAGCUGGCCUGAGUCUCCGUCCGGACUGAGAAGCAUCAUGGCCAGCAUCUUGCAGGCCUCCCUGGCUGCUUUCCUCCUGCUGCCUAUGGCCACCGCCAUGCACUCUGACUGCAUCUUCAAGAAGGAGCAAGCCAUGUGCCUGGAGAAGAUCCAGAGGGCGAACGACCUGAUGGGCUUGAAUGACUCCUCCCCAGGCUGCCCUGGGAUGUGGGACAACCUCACGUGUUGGAAGCCUGCCCAUGUGGGCGAGAUGGUCCUGGUCAGCUGCCCUGAAUUCUUCCGAAUCUUCAACCCAGACCAAAUGUGGAAGCUAGAAACCUUUGGAGAGUUCGAUUUCCCUGACAGUAACUCCUUGGAUCUCUCAGACAUGAGGGUGGUGAGCCGGAACUGCACAGAGGAUGGAUGGUCAGAGCCCUUCCCUCAUUACGUAGAUGCAUGUGGGUUUGAUGACUAUGAUGAAUACGAGCCCGGGGACCAGGAUUAUUACUACUUGUCAGUCAAGGCCCUGUACACAGUUGGUUACAGCACAUCCCUUGUCACCCUCACCACUGCCAUGGUCAUCCUUUGUCGUUUCCGGAAGCUGCACUGCACGCGCAAUUUCAUCCACAUGAACCUGUUCGUGUCGUUCAUGCUGAGGGCCAUCUCUGUCUUCAUCAAAGACUGGAUCCUCUACGCAGAGCAGGACAGCAACCACUGCUUCAUCUCCACCGUGGAAUGCAAGGCUAUAAUGGUUUUCUUCCACUACUGUGUCGUGUCGAACUACUUCUGGCUGUUCAUCGAGGGUCUGUACCUCUUCACCCUGCUAGUGGAGACCUUCUUUCCUGAGAGGAGAUACUUCUACUGGUACAUCAUCAUAGGCUGGGGGACCCCAACUGUGUGUGUGUCCGUGUGGGCUAUGCUGAGGCUCUACUUCGAUGACACAGGCUGCUGGGAUAUGAAUGACAACACGGCUCUGUGGUGGGUGAUCAAAGGCCCUGUGGUUGGCUCCAUAAUGGUUAACUUUGUUCUCUUCAUUGGCAUCAUCGUUAUCCUUGUGCAGAAACUUCAGUCUCCGGACAUGGGAGGCAAUGAGUCCAGCAUCUACUUCAGCUGCGUGCAGAAAUGCUACUGCAAGCCACAGCGGGCUCAGCAGCACUCCUGCAAGAUGUCAGAACUGUCCACCAUAACUCUACGGCUAGCCCGGUCCACCCUGCUGCUCAUCCCACUGUUUGGAAUCCACUACACGGUAUUCGCCUUCUCCCCGGAGAAUGUCAGCAAGAGGGAGAGACUUGUGUUUGAGCUGGGGCUGGGCUCCUUCCAGGGCUUUGUGGUGGCUGUUCUCUACUGUUUUCUGAAUGGCGAGGUGCAGGCGGAGAUCAAGCGUAAGUGGCGGAGCUGGAAGGUGAACCGCUACUUCGCCGUGGACUUCAAGCACCGGCACCCGUCCCUGGCCAGCAGUGGGGUGAACGGGGGCACCCAACUCUCCAUCCUGAGCAAGAGCAGCUCCCAGAUCCGCAUGUCCGGACUCCCGGCUGACAACCUGGCCACCUGAGCCCGUCCUCCCCUCCUUCUCUCCUCCGUACACAGGCUGGGGCUGCAGGCGGGCGCCGGCCCACGCAUGUUCAGCUUCUUUUCUCACUUCGGGCAGGCCCUGGGCUGGAGGCCGGGCUCCCCGAGGUGGGAGAAGGAUGCAGGGCGAACCCGGGUAUCGCCCCUCCCCAUCUGGCACUGUCCCCCCACCCCCAUGGGCCCCUGGGCCCUGAUCCCAACCUGUAAAUACUCCACCAAUUUUGAAAAGUUGUCUUAUCCCCACCCCCUGACCACCUCAGGCAAGUCCCCAGCUUCACCCUAUCCUGUUUCCACUAGCCUUAGUGAUCUCCUUGCCCUUGUGAAUGAGGCCUUGUGAGCUGAGGCUGACGACCUUGCUUUGGAGGGGGGGGGGGAUUAGGGAGGGGCCUGCCCGAGAGCCCCCACAGUGUCUGACUUUCAGUGUGGACUCCUUGAGUCUGCUCACCACCUGAGGCUCUUCUCAGGCCGGGCCCAGUCCCUGAGGCCUGCCAGAGAUCCAGCUUGGGUGCUCUGAGCAUCCUUUAGUGGAGGUGAGACCUGAGCCGAGACUCCCCCCAUCCUCCGCCCCCAGCACCUUGGAGUCCAGGUGCCCAGCUCCUGGUGUCAGGGCAGUGGACAGCUCCAGGGCUCUUCCAAUCAGAGACUUCAUUUUGGGUGUGGGGCUCAGGGUCCCGGCAUGUUCUGGUGCUCUUCAUUUGGUAGAAGAAAAAUUGCCAAGAUCCAGCAACGUGGAUGUGAUUGGAAAGGAGAUGGAAAGAGUUUGGGGACCCGUGGAAGAAGACCUUCACUGGCUCCAUUACUUCGCUCCCGACUCGAGGUGGGCGGGGGUUCCUCGGGUAGCCUCCCUUCUACGCUUCCCAUCCCUAGGCAUCAGCUGCGGGAGGUGAGAGACUCAUGCCUCAGAGAGACUGCUUCCCACCCCUACCUACCACAAGGAACCCCUAAGCCCUCCCCCUCCUCAUUUCUCCUCAAGUCAAAGCCAUGAAUAGGAUGAACCAGCCGCCUUCCUAUGAUGUCAAUGAAUCCCGAAUCACCUUACCUCCUUGCGCCUGAGUCAGGGCCCUCAUAACUCCCCUCCCCCCCACCCUCAUGGACAAUGAGAAGCCCCGGCCAACAGUUCCUUGGGCUUGAGCUCAGCUACUGAACUAUCUCUGAGACCUUUGCAAAGACUUCCCUCUGUGUAUUCUUGACAUUGAAUCACCACAGAUGCUACAGUGGCCUAGGAUGUUGGGAGGAGAACCAUACCCACCGUGCCUAUUAGAAGAAGCCACACAUGGAAGGCAUGGCAGCUCCCCAGCUCCCGUUGUGGUUCUCCAGUUGCAAGUUGCUUGGCCACAGUCUAAGAAUUCAAAAUGGUGUAGAACCAGAUUGUGAGGGAAGGUGGGAGAAAGUGCUAGAGUGCCGUGGCCCAUGUGGGGGGGCCCAUUUCAUUCCAUGUCAACUUUUGGUGUUGUUCCUGUCCAAGUGUGUUUGCAGACUUGUUUCGUGAUCAUGUUCUGGAAUGCUUAGGGAACUUGGGUGGAGAGGGAAUGUUGCUUUGCUUGUUUUUAUGAGGAGCGCAGAGCCUGGGGGACCUUGCGGUCCGUGUUUGGAGAGAUCCUCUAGAUGACUGGAGAAGGACUUAGUUGCAUGGUUUAGAGAUGAGCCCUGUGUCCUUGGCCAGUGAAGCACUGUAGACCCCUGGGUCUUUGGCAAACCUAGAAUCUGCCCCCCAUUGGGCCUCUACUGCUCAGACUAUGGACACAGAGCUCCCUGUUCGGGGUCUCAGUUGUUCCAUAUGUGAGAUGAAGUGGCUUUGAAAGCUUCUCCAAUCUCUGCACUUCAGCAAUUGUUGCUUUCAAAGCUAAGCAGAUAAAAGGGCAUGCAUCAUUGUUAAUACGUAUCAUCUAAGGCUUUGAAGUGUAUGUGUUCGUGUAUAUGUGGUGGGAGGGGAGAACGCCGUUUAUUUUCCCUUUCUUAGAAAGGAAACUUCUGUCUCUUCCACUGGGACACCGUAGUGGAAGCUGGUGGGCUGGAGGGAGGGAUCAUGCCAGGGACAGUUGGACAGGGGCCUCGGGCAUGAUGUGUAGAUCCAGCCAUGUCCCUAGCCUGGGCAGGGUGCCAAGGCUGCUUAGACAGUGGCUACCUCCAGAUCCUAGGAGCGGUGCCCUGAGUGGACCUCAUUCCUUCGUCCCAGUCCCCACCAGCAGCUCUGCUUCACUGUGGAAAAAGAGACUUUGAUUUUAUACAGAUAUCCUCAUAAAACAGCAAAGACAUCAUCAGCUUAGAAUCCUAUGGGCUGUGUUGCCACCUGAGCCCUGGGGUGCAUCCUUGUAGAGGUUCCGGGUUCCUGUUGGUUUGUUGCUUUAUUUUUCUAUCUGGAUUAAAUAUUGUCCAUCUUGUGAACAGAUGUGCCCCAUGUAUUUUGAAUGUUCCACAAGGUUAAGCAGCUGGCCUGCAGGGUCAUAGGCAGUGGGCAGGGGGAGGGGGAUGGAUAGCAUAAGGUCUGGACAAAACCUUUCCCUCUCCGAGUCUUUGUUUUCAAAUCUGUAAAAUGGGUGGUAGGACUAGGUGAUCUGUAGAGCCCAUUGCAUCUCUGGAAUUCUCUGUCUAAACACCAGCCAUCUACUUACUGGGGAUGGGCUCCAGGCCACAUUUGCCUCCCCGGGAAGGGGUAAGAAAGAGUUGUGAGCUGGGAGGGGUUUGAAGUCUUCAGGAAUGGUCAUUCUGGAGAGGAGCAGAGUUCUCCAUCUUCAUGACUCUAGAAGAUAAUUACCAGGAGGGUUUUUUUUUCUAAUUUUAUGCAAUCCUAAAGGUCAACAGUCACCCAGGGGAGGCUGAGUUCUUGGAAUGAAGAGAUUUUUCAGAUUCUUUUAUGAAUGCUCCGCCAUGGGGCAGGCCAUGUUAGAAGAGAGUCUCCAACCCCGGCGGAAGUGGGAAGCCAAGUUAGGGAUGCUGAGGCUGCCAAGGAACCUGUGAGAGGACAGAGUGUGCUAUUUGGGGGUGGGAGGGGGUUCAGUAGCUUCUUGGUGGUCCCCGCACUGGGGGCUUCUUAACUCCCUACCACAUGUGAGGCUAGGCCACGUUUUCUGUCUCAUUGGGUGGCCCUGUGACUCUCCUUGACCUAGCUGGUGGUCUGCAGUGAUUCCUCUUCUUACCCUCACUCCUUCCCAAACCAGCUUCUUCGGGGGAACAGGGAGCUGGAGCCGGGCCCAAGGCUUGAAAUAUACAUCAUCACCCACAAAGUGUUCUGACUCACCUCCUCCCUCUGACCAUUGCCCUUCCUGAAAGGAAAGCUAGCAGAAGCUUCCUUUGUGAAUCUGUGAGUACCCUUGAUCCCCUCAAGACCACUCCAAAGUGAAAGCAGUGAGUGCUUUGCUAUCAUAAAUUCCUCCUUGAGCUCAGUGACCAUGGAAGCUUGUGAGGAGGUCUCUGAGCAGGGAGUGGGGAACCUGGACUUCUCUCAGCUUUGCCAGUGACCUGCUGUUUGGCCUUGACCCCUUCCCCGUAUUUCUUUAGGGAGACUCACAAAACACUAGAGCUGGGAAGAAAAACAGAGAUCUGCAGGUCAAACCUCCCCAUUGGGCUGUUGAGAAAUCCCUUACUGGCAGGCUUAGCACAGUGCCUGUACUGUGCUGGGAUCCAAGAUGCUUCACAAGCCUGAAUGAGGCAAGGGGCCCACCAGCAUGUGCCCAGCCCUGCAUGUGAGCCCAACGAGAGCAUCCAUAUAGAAAAUAUUCAGACACGUGCAAGAAAGUGGCUCUGGCUACCGAAGUGUUUAGGAUUUCAAAUCGCAGGAAGAGCAAUAGAGUCAGUGUGGGAUGGGGAGAACCGUGUUCUAGCCUGGGAUUUUCUUGGAGUCUUGUGCCCCAAGACUCAGCCUCUCUGAGCCUCUGCUUCCUAAUCCGAGAAAUGGGAGGACAUGAUUUGCAGUCUGCUCCCCAGCCCAGAGAUGAGGUUGAAGUGAGAUAUCCUUGUGUGUAAAAGGGCUUUGGAUACUACACAGGUAUGGGCUGGUACUGGGGUGAAGACCCCUGAAAGGGACCCUGUGCUAUUUGUCAACUGCUUUGAGCCAUCCUGGGUUAACCUUUGCCCCAUUUGUAAAACCACCAGCACUGGGGGCAAGAGGGAGACCAGUGGGCUGUGAGGGACACAGGGUUCCAGGCUUAUCUCUGUCAAUGGAUUCAGUUUGCUCUUGGACUUAGGAUGGGGAGAAUUUCACGUGGGUGGUGAUUUCCCUGUCACCUCCAUGGGAAUCCUUCAAGGUUCUGGGACAUUCCUCAAGUGGGCUAUGGGCUCUUUUAUUCUUUCCCUAAAUAUGUGAGGUCCUGGGAUGUGUCUGUGCUUGGCCAUUUGUGUCUUGUCUUAUGUCUGUGUUGUGUGGUUUGCCCCUGCCGAGGGCUGAAGUGGGGCAGUCCCCAGCAUCCCAGACGUGGCUCUAGGCUCACUUAUGGAACCAGACCCCCGCUCCCAUAUUUCAUCUCCCACAAUAAAGAUAAGCCCGAAGACCUCACUGCUACCGCUGCCGCCGUUAACGCUGUGCUCACGAUCUUGUCUGGGAUUUUAAGGAUGUCACCGUGCUGUAGAUGACUCAAUAAAUGUCUUAUCAUUUUUC